AUGAAUGACGAACGAGUAGCCUACUCAGAACUGAGUCUGGCCAAGAACCCAAAGAAGCAGCAAAGGACACCUAAGAUCACAAAAAGCUCCAUUUCGGUCACUGAACAGGAAAUAAUCUAUGUGGAAUUAAACCUUCCAAACGCUUCUCAGGAUCUUCAAGGAAAUGACCAGCGCUCUCCCUGCAAAGAUUCACUGUCACCUCCAGGGAAGCUCACUGCUGAGAUCUUGGGAUACAUUUCUCUUGUCUUAAUGGUCACUGUGUUAAAAUUGAUGGUUCUUAUUUACUUGACCAUGAUACUGGAACAGAAUAAUUCUUCUCUGAAAACAAGAAGCCAGAAAGAAAUUCAUAAUCUUUCUUCAGUGUAUCAUUGUGGUCACUGUGAAAAGGAGUGGUUCACAUAUUCCAGCAGUUGUUAUUUCAUCAGUAUGGAAAGAAAGACUUGGAAUGAGAGUUUGAUUGCCUGUGCUUCUAAGAAUUCUAGUCUUCUUUACAUUGAUGAUGAAGAAGAAAUGAAAGUUCUGAUGUCCCUAUCAUUUGUAUCAUGGGUUGGAGUCUUUCGUAACAGCAGUGAUCGUCCGUGGGCGUCAAUAAAUGGCUCAACUUUCAAACUAAAGUUAACAGAAUCAGGCAAUCAUGAACAUAAUUGUGUUGUGCUACUCUCAGGAUAUCUAAAAUCAGACAGUUGUGGAUCUUCACAAAUGUUUUAUUGUAAGCAUAAGCCUUAGAAUUGAACCACCUGAGUCUGGAGUCUGUUAGGUAAUUUUAUAUUGAAUGAAAUGGAAACCAUAUUAUAAUUGGAUGUCUUAAAAUAAUUUGUGUUAUUCUAAUAACAAAAACAUUUCCAAAACCAAUCAUUGAAGUAUAAAACACAUACCACAAAGGACAGAUAUCAUUACAUUUUGUCGGGCUCUUUUUGCUCAGCAUUAUGUUUGUGGCAUCCAUCUUUCUAAAAGUUCACAUUUUGUGUGAGUCUGUUUAUACGAAAUAUGAAGAAUAGACAAACCCACAGAGACAGAAUGUGGAUCAGUGUUUACGAAGGGCUGAGGGGAGGUUGGAAUAGGAAGUGACUGCUAAUUUCUACAGUGUUUCUUUUUUGGGUUGAUGAAAACUUGCUACAUUUUGAUUGUGGUGAAAGUUGUAACUCUGGAAAUACACUAAACAUUACUGAUUUUUAUACCUGAAAUGAAUGAAUUUUAUGCUAUGUGCGUUACACUUCAAUUAAAGUGUUAAGAAAAAGUCUCCUGGAAUUAUGUUUGGGACUACAUUUAAUCUUUAAAGUACUUUUUAAAGAUUAGACAUCUGUAUAGUAUUGAUUUUCUAAUCAAUAUUAUGAUAUGUCCUUCAAUGAGUUAGGUUUUCUUUAAUUUCUCUCUAUCAUGUUUGUACUUUUUGCUGUUGAUGUCUUGCAGAGUAUUAGCAUAGUGAUGAGAUACCUCAAGUUUAUUUUAGCACUAUGCACAAUAGCCAAGAUAUGGAAUCAAUUUAGAUGUCUAUUGACAGAUGAAUGGAGAAAGAAAAUGUGGUAUAUAUACACAAUGGAAUACUACUGAGCCAUGAAAAAGAAUGAAACCCUGUCAUUUGCAACAACAUUGACGAGUCUGGAUAUACUAUGUUAAGUGUAAUAAGUCAUUCUCUGAAAGAUGAAUACUACAUGCUCUCAGUCAUAUGUGGGAGCUAAAAAUAAAAAUAAUAAAAAUAAUAAUUUGAAAUUUUAGGAGUACAGAGUAGAACUGUGGUUCCUAGAGUUUAGGAAAGGGAGGGGCAAUGGUGACAUUUGUACUAGGGAGGGUUUUAUUUCCAAUGUUGAAUAAAAGGUAUAGUAAAGGUUCUACAUGUGUCAUACUUAUGAUUUCCUAAUUUAGGGGAAAAGAUUUUGAUAUUUCAUCCAUAUUUACAAAGGUUUUUAAAAAACCAUACUUCUG